AUGUUCCAGUGCACAGCGAUGUUUGUGUUUAUUCUUAGCAUUGCUGGACUCAUUCCUAAUGUGCUACCAGAGACCUGUUUCUACCAGCGGUGUCUGGGUUGCUACCCAGGGCAGACAGUAGCGCCUGGUAACCGAGUGGAGUGCCAGCCUGCCAACUGGGUGUCAGCUACAUGGGUACAUAACUAUGGACAUCCGCCGCCGAGCACAGACUCCCGGAUCCCUAUUGAGUAUAGGUGCUUGAAGAUGGUAGCUACGCCUGAUGAUAAAACUUUUGGCAACACAGUGGAUACUCUCCGAGGUUGUGUACCACGCGCGCAAGUUGAUUCAGUCUGUCUUGGUCUACUCGCAGUAGAAAGAGCACGUGGCCAUAGUGAUGCUCGUUGCUUCAUCUGCAACGGCAACGACUGCAACUCAGCGACACAUACAACUACAUCAUUGCAAGCCACAAUAGCAACUAUACUCCUCUACUUCGUCCUUAGGUGA